AUGGGCGGCGGAGCGCCUGGGGAUGGCCAGGACGACAAGAGCAAAAAGAAGGAUAAGCCCAAGUACGAGCCCCCGCCGCGACCAACGACUCGCGUCGGGCGUAAGAAGAGAAAGGCUGCCGGCGGCGGUGCUGCGGCCAAGCUCCCAGCGGUCUUCCCUACGAGCCGAUGCAAACUACGACUCCUCCGCAUGCAGCGCAUCCACGACCAUCUGCUGCUCGAAGAGGAAUAUGUGGAGAACCAGGAGCGGCUGCGUAAGACCAAGGCGGCCAAGGAUAGCAACGCGCCGGCUGCCAACCUCGACGCGGCCGAUGGGGCGGGCGGUGACCGCCUGGCGGACGAGCGCAGCCGCGUGGACGACAUGCGCGGCAGCCCCAUGGGUGUUGGCACCCUAGAGGAAAUGAUUGACGAUGACCAUGCCAUCGUUUCUAGCACAACGGGCCCCGAGUACUACGUCAGCAUCAUGAGUUUUGUCGACAAGGAUCUGCUGGAGCCCGGCGCGAGUGUGCUUCUGCACCACAAGAGCGUUAGCAUUGUGGGUGUCCUUGCGGAUGACACAGACCCGUCCGUCAGUGUGAUGAAGCUGGAUAAGGCGCCCACAGAAUCGUACGCGGACAUUGGUGGCCUUGAACAGCAGAUCCAGGAGGUGCGCGAAUCGGUGGAACUGCCGCUGCUGCACCCUGAGCUGUACGAGGAGAUGGGCAUCAAGCCGCCCAAGGGUGUCAUCCUGUACGGCGCACCUGGCACGGGAAAGACGCUGCUGGCCAAGGCCGUUGCCAACCAAACAUCGGCAACAUUCCUGCGCAUUGUCGGCAGUGAACUGAUCCAAAAGUACCUUGGUGACGGCCCUCGUCUGGUCCGGCAACUCUUCCAAGUCGCGGCCGAGAACGCUCCGGCGAUUGUUUUUAUCGACGAGAUCGAUGCCAUCGGCACGAAGCGGUACGAUUCGACAUCGGGUGGUGAGCGCGAGGUGCAGCGGACGAUGCUGGAGCUGCUGAACCAGCUGGACGGAUUCGACGACCGUGGCGACGUCAAGGUGAUCAUGGCGACGAACAAGAUUGAAACGCUCGACCCUGCGCUGAUCCGCCCCGGCCGUAUCGACCGCAAGAUUCUGUUUGAGAACCCCGAUCAGAACACAAAGCGCAAGAUCUUCACGCUGCACACGUCCAAGAUGUCCCUUAACGAGGACGUCGAUCUGGACGAGUUUAUCUCACAGAAGGACGACCUGUCUGGUGCAGACAUCAAGGCGAUCUGCUCUGAGGCGGGUUUGAUGGCGCUGCGGGAGCGGAGAAUGCGCGUGCAGAUGGCAGACUUCCGGGCGGCACGUGAACGUGUCUUGCGUACGAAGCAGGAGGGCGAGCCUGAAGGCCUGUACUUAUAG